GGGUGGGUUGGAAUCCCCACUAACGGGUUCAACACCGAAUUUGGACAAGCUGAUUGCUCGUGGUCACUUUGCCGUCGCACUGCCACGGUCCAGGGAGAUGGAGUGCCUUACUGUGGGUGAUGUGAAAUCAUCAUCCGCGGCCAGUAGCGGUCAUUCGCGUGUGCCAAGCUCGCUCUCCCUAUCUUCUCUGGAUGAGUCGCUUAACGGAACCGAUGACUUCGUCCCGAUCGGUUUCAACGAUCUCUGUGAUGACGAUGAACUGCUGGGUAGUGUCCUAAAUGUAUCCAGUAGCAGUAGUUAUGUUGAGGGUUUACCCCUGCCUGACGAGAUAGUCACCGAUAAACCCGAUGAAAUCGGCGCGGAAGCCUUCACAGAUGAACACGACGUGAGCCCCGAAGAACCCUCUGUCGUUGGAGUAUUGCCAGCCUGGCCAGUGGACCGUCUCGUCGUGGAUUUUCGCCGUCCAACUGUCGACGUUGGUGAGUUGCCCUACAGAUUCUGCAUGUUCAUCCCCCCC